AUGGCCGGCCCUCUCAAAUACACCGUCACCCACUAUCGCCGCAAGGACCGAACCCACGAGGAAUUCCUCAAGUGGUUUGUCGAAGAGCACCUUCCACUGGCCAUGCCAAUCUUCAAAAGGCACGGUGUGCUCGAGUAUACCCUUUUCGUGACACCGGAAGACCUCAACGGGGCGCUGAAGCAGGAACUGACCAAGGUCCGUCCCACCUGGGACGUUGCCGACUUCGAUUGCUUCCUGGAAUUUACGAUCCCUAGCGCGCAAACCAUCAAAGAUGUCAUGUCGGAUCCGGACUGGCUGAAUGCCAUCAAGGACGAGAAUGAGUGGUGUGAUAUGUCCCGGUCCUUGGCUUCCCUGGGGUAUGCUACUCCGUACCUGUUGAAAACGGGCGAGGUGGUGAACCUGCCAAAAUUCAAGUGA